CAGCCUCCUUUUUCCAUAUUUAUAAAUUCACUCUGUAUCCGAAACUAAAUAACCCAACUCCCACUCUCUUCUCUUCUCAUAAUUUUUUCUGUUAUUCGUCUUCUUCAUUCCGCUCUCUGGUUUUCACGCUACUGGACCGUACUUGAACUGCCAUGGCCAUGGAUACUCUCUACGAAUACCAGAUAUGGCAACCUGAAGAAGGUGAAGAUGAUAUUAAUUUUGCCAUUUCCAAUUCUCACUUGCUUCCCUGUGACUGUUUCCUUUUCCACCUUCGCUUUCGCCAUGUUCUUCAGUCAAAUCACUCUCAAGAAUUUCACACUCUCCUAAAUUCCUCCCUAUCUUCGUCCUUGAUACCUUGCGAUGUCUUUCUCGCCAGUGGCUCCAGUAUCCUGAUUGCUGUUUUCUCCGGCACUGGCGUCGCGCAAGACUUCUUGGACGCGGCAGUACCGGACGUUCUGUCCGUCGCGGCUGAUAUCGUUUGCAAUCCUCUUAAUGCUGGCCGUCGGAUAUUUCCGUUGGCGGUGUCUGUUUUAGUCGUUUCGCUGUACAAUGAACGCGAGGAAAUUGGGCGAGUUUUGCGGGAAUCAUCAGAGCAAGCGUUUAAAGCGUCGCCGGCGUGUGCGUCGGCUAUCGAAGGUUUGAAGAACUUGGAGAUUGAUGUCCAUGGAGAGUUGUUGAUCGGAGAAUGCAGAAUAUGUUUGGAUGAAUUGAUGAACGGAAUGGAAGUUACGCAAUUACCGUGCGCUCAUUUUUACCACAGAGAGUGUAUCGUCAAAUGGCUAGAGACGAGUCAUUUGUGCCCGUUGUGCCGCUACGCAAUGCCAUUGAGCUGAUUGGAUAGAAUUUGCAGGAAGCUAACCAUACAAUGUAUAAUUAUCGCUUGUUGAGUACUAGGAAGACAUGAAUUGACUGAAGACGAAGAACCAGACUAGUUUUUGUUUGUUUUCAACUUAGCUGAUGUAGAGGAGCAAGAAAAUAAGGUGGACUGGUUCUUGAAACUCCUUUGACCAUGAAACACUGAGAAUCUAACAGAUAGCAGGAUGUGACAUAGAAGUUCAUUACGAAGGUUGACUAUGAUAUUAGGAUGCUGAUGAAACCUUGGGGUCGCCACUCUAUAUCUUCAUCUGUGUUUUGAAUAAAAGCUCGUCAGAGAAGAUUUUGAUGGGGCAAAUCCAACCAGAAUGGCAACCAUCUUUAUGGGGCAAAAGGGGGUCAAUAUCUUUAUUUUUGGACAAGCUUUGGCCAAGGGAAAUUUGCAGAUAGCCAGAUAGUGGCUGGAAGAGAUAAACAUAGAGAGCAGGAAGGUGGAAUAAUUCUCUUUGCGCACUCCAGCAGAAAUGCCUAAGCCAAUACAUUGCUAGCCCAGAGGUGAAUCAUAUCAUUUGUGUCUUGAUGAAGCAAAAUAUUAAGAACAAGUCUUUAUUUCCAUUACUCUGAUAUAUAUAGCCAAGGUAGUUUAUCAAAUAUUUAAAGUUGAUUUUUGGCUUCUGUUCAACCAGAGCAAAUACUAGUUACUUCAAGGGGACGAAACAUGUUAGGAAAUGUGGACUUUCCAAAGGCCUCAUACUUA